AUGAACGGCAUGGAAGUAACUAAAGAACUAAAAUGUGACAUUGAAUUAAAUCAAACUCAGUUGAAAGCAGCAAUUUGCAACCAUCAGAAUACCUUAGCCAAAUUGGAAUUGGAUUCUAGUAAUGCUGAUUUACAAAAGGAAGUUAAUAGAGUUGAAGAGGAAAUUAUUACUAUUGGACUUGAACAGAAAAAUCUGCUGGAACGACUUCGUGAUGAAUAUAAAGCAUAUCAAAAAUCGCUGAAGACAAACUUGAUAAAAAAUGGUCUGGAAGAAAGGCGAUUUAAUCUUACCAAUGCUCUGAACCGAGCCAGGAAACAAACUAUAGUGGUCCGUUCAGGAUCGGCCACCUCAUAUUCGGACGACUCCACCGACAAUGUAUCUCUUCACUCUUCGCCCGAACACCAUCACGCCUGCCCAGUAGAUCCGCGAGACGUGCCGCAAACGGACUUCCUCAACUAUUUCUGUUUGGCCACGCACGACCAGUACAAGGAGAUGCAAAACAAAAGGGCGGAGAGGAAGAGACGCAGCACCGCCAAUCCUCAGUUCCUCUAUGGAAAUAAAGGUUGGGAUUUUUUGACGCACAAUGUAUGUAUACGCUUGAUUUUUUAUUUCCCGUCUCGCCGCGCACAACUUUCGAUUGUUGCAGAAGCGCAGACGUAACGCUUUCCUCGUUUCCGCCUCGCCGCCGCACACGCGCCAAUCGGCCAAGAGGCGGCAGCCCACACAAAGGGCAGACCAACAAGUGGGCGGAGCGACCCAACAGGCGGGCGGCGCUGACCAACAGGUGGGCGGGGCGGACCAACAUGUUGACGAGGCGGAUCAACAGGUGGGCGGGGCGAACCAGCCCGUCCUCGAGGCGUUCCCGGCCAUUCCGCAGCUGCCGAGCGGGUUGAUCAUCGAGCGAGUGGGACAGGGGGGAGGGUCACCGGACGCGAAGUCUUGCAUCACGUGUAAGCAGCCGGGUGAGUACGAUGGAGCCCUGUCCGUAUGCGAGAUUUGCAUGAACGGCUUCCACAUCGGCUGCCACAAUCGUCCGCUCACCCACACGCCUCGCCAGUGCCCCAAGUGCAUGAGCAAAGAGACGAGGACGGUGGGCGCCCUGACUGUGCCUUCGGGCAUGAGCGUGUCAUACGUGUCACCGCCUCCUGAAGUGACAGAAAAGCUGAACAAAAAAAGGGAGUUGGAAGAGAAAAGGCAGACCUUGUCGGCUGAAUUGACCCAACUCCAAAACCGUCAUUCGCAGCUUACAAUAUCUCUCAGAGAGCAGCAAAAUCAACAAGAUCAGCUUCAAACAACUCGACAAAGCACUGAAGAUAAAAUCGAGCAGAUACUUGCAUUCAUCAGUAAUAUUCAGAAGACGAUGACCACCACCAAGGUUUUUGAUGAUGUUGAUAAAGAUGAAAGUAAAGUCGGAUAA